AAAUGGGGAGAAACACUUACAGUAGCCCCCACGGUCUCAUCUGCGGGGCGAAAGGUGCCCCUGACAUUCUCGCCUGCGGCCUCCAUCAUGCCGGUUUGCCAGUCAUUUUUUAGGAGGUGGGGCUGUCUGCAGACCCACCCGCUAGGGUCUCUAGCUUUCACCUGACUGUCGGAGGUUCACGCAGCGCACGUGCGGUGGAUACCCCCACCCCUUGGUGGGAGGGGCCAUGCUCAGAGCCAAUGAGAGCUUGGGGGGUGGAGGGGUAGGGAAGCUUCCAGAUAGGCAGAGAGGGAGGAGGUUAUAAAGGGGGUACGAGCGAGCCCGCCGGAGAGCCAUGCAGUCCAAGCGGGAGUGUGAGCUAUGGUGUGAGAGGGUGAAUCCAGAAAACAAGGCGGCGCUGGAGGCGUGGGUCAGGGAGACGGGCAUCCGCCUGGUGCAGGUGAACGGGCAGAGGAAGUAUGGCGGGCCACCCCCAGGAUGGGUGGGCAGCCCGCCGCCGGCCGGGUCAGAGGUGUUUAUCGGGCGGCUGCCCCAGGACGUGUACGAGCACCAGCUGAUCCCACUGUUCCAGCGCGUGGGCCGCCUUUACGAGUUCCGCCUGAUGAUGACCUUCAGCGGCCUGAACCGCGGCUUCGCUUACGCCCGCUACAGCUCGCGGCGCGGCGCCCAGGCCGCCAUCGCCACGCUGCACAACCACCCGCUGCGGCCGUCCUGCCCGCUGCUCGUGUGCCGCAGCACCGAGAAGUGCGAGCUGAGUGUGGACGGGCUGCCGCCGGGCCUGAGCCACCGCGCGCUACUGCUCGCGCUGCAGCCGCUGGGGCCCGGCCUGCAGGAGGCGCUGCUGCUGCCCAGCCCCGGGCCGGCGCCCGCUCAGAUCGCACUGCUCAAGUUCAGCUCGCACCGCGCCGCGGCCAUGGCCAAAAAGGCCCUGGUGGAAGGACAGUCUCGCCUCUGUGGAGAACAGGUGGCUGUGGAGUGGCUUAAGCCAGACCUGAAGCAGCGGCUCCGCCAGCAGCUCAUGGGUCCCUCGCUACAGUGCCUGCAGCCGGAGGGCAACAGAUUAGCCCUGGCCAGGGAGGAGGGGCUGGAGUUCCAAGGGGCUCGGGCUGCCCUGCAGCUGCUGUGCCAACGGAUGAAGCUGGGCAACCCAGUGUUCCUCACCAAGUGUUUGGGCACAGGCCCUGCUGGCUGGCACCGCUUCUGGUACCAGGUGGUGAUCCCUGGGCAUCCAGUGCCCUUCAGUGGCCUCAUCUGGGUUGUACUGGCCCCUGAUGGGCAGGAUGGGCAUGAGGUGGCCAAGGAUGCUGUGUCUGCACGGCUACUGGAGGCACUGAGUGAAUCUGGGGCCAGCCUCCUGCGGUUUGCAGGGGCUGAGGCAGGAGGUAUCAUGGUUCACCAGUGACCUUAUCCUCUCCACACGCAGCCUGAAAGAGUAGGUGGAGCCUGUUAGUCCCUGGCCCAGCAGGCCUGGGCAGCCACUCUCUGAUCCCAAGAAGGGGAGGAGCAUGGGCCCUGCCCUAGGCCUGACAGCCUCCCAGCUGGGGCAGCUCAGGUUUGGCUAAGUUGUGGUAAGGGAGCUUCCCUUCCCCUCCCAUCCUGGGGUUUAACCUGACCCCAAGAUUGUUCUCUGUGUG